AUGGCUGAAAGUAUGAUUGAAGGGCUAGCGGCCGAGUGGGAUGCCAUCGAAAGCUUACGUGAUGAUCUGCGAAAGGGCAGAGCUCUGAUCGCGGAGGUAUCGGAAAAGCAGGUGGAUAUUAAAAUGCCAUCGAAGUACAGCCGCUUACUUUUGCCGAUACUCAAUCGUAUGCGGGAGGCCGGCAAGAAACUGCCAGGUGUCGAGGCGCUUCGAUGCGAGGUUCGAGUAAUCAUGCAGAAGAACAAGCGAGACCCAUCGGAGGAAGAUAUUCAGAAGUACGCGUGGCUACUCCGUAAGAACUGCGGGUUCAUCAAGAUGAAAUGUCGACGCCAAGAGGAUCCCGAGUUCCAGGAAUUGUGCCUGGCCUUGGAUCCCGAUUUGCAGGGCAUUGUGGACCAGAUCAACGAGUCCCUUGCGAGACGACGUGCCGCGAAAGCGGCUCGAGCGGAGGAUUGGGAUGACCCCCAAGUCGAGAGCGAUGAGGAUGCAUAUGACGACGAUGAUGACGGGACCGACGAUUGCAGUGACCUUGCCAGCCAUCUCAGUGACUUCAAGGCUGCGUGUGAGGAGUCAGACGUCGGGACUGAGCGUUCGGAUGUCCCGGAGCUGUCCGAUGCGAAUAUGGACCAGCAGGUCGUGGAAGUGCCGGACGAGAGCCCGGGUACAGUCGUGGAAGUGCCGAAGGAGAACAGGCCGGGUACAGUCGUGGAAGUGCCGAAGGAGAACAGUGGGCCGAGUGCAGUCGUGGAAGUGCCGAAGGAGAACAGUCUGCCGAGUGCAGUCGUGGAAGUGCCGAAGGAGAACAGUGGGCCGGGUGGGCCACAACGAGACGCAACAGCACCACAGGGGUCCAGUGGAACAUCAGCAGGUGUUAAGAAGACAACCUUUGUCCCUGGAGUGGAGCCGGAUGCACGUGACCAUCUUAGUUAA